AUACGAUUGAAAUCAAACCACCCAGCAUGAGAUAAUGUCCUCUUCACGGACACCAACUUUGACUGCUCUUUCCUUCGCAUCUCUCCCUUUCUUCUUCGUCUUCUUCGUCUUCUUCGUCUUCUCCUCCUUCGUUUCCGACUGCAAUGGAGUCUCUCAACAGACGAUCUCCACCGUCUGCUCGCAAACCCAGAACGACGAGCUCUGCGCUUCCCUCCUGAACAGCGACCCCCGGACCGCCUCGGCCGACCUCCCUCUCCUCUCGCUCGUCUCCAUCGAGCUCACCCAGAAGCAAGCCGGGCGAAACCGCGAGACCUUCGCCCGGCUCCGCGACAACAUGACCGGCGACCCCCGGCUCCGAAAGGGGUACGCGAACUGCGCGUCGCUGUACGGGAAGGUGGAGGCCGACCUGAGGCGCGCGCACGAGCUCUCGGAGGCGAAGGAGUACGAGGAGGUGAUCAAGGAAGGCCCGGGCUACUCGCCGGCCUACGACUGCCUCAACGGGGUGGAGUUCGCGCCGGCACUCGGGGAGAUCACGAGGGACAUGCUCAUCGCGCUGGAGAUGUUCGCGAGCGUCGCUUCGUAUGUGGCGCAGCAAAUUCGAUUAGGUCUGGUUUAGCAGGAUGUUUUCAAUUAAGAUUGCAAGAGCGUUAUAAAAUUUCA